AUGGCUACCAACAGCGCGGACAGCCUGGCGCAGUCUCUCCCCGCCAACGCCGCGCACCACCUCAAGCAGAAACGAGCGCGCAGCCAACUCUCUUGCACGCCAUGUCGCACUGGAAAGCUAAAGUGCAAUCGCGAGAAGCCGCACUGCGACCAGUGUAUCAAGCGAAGUCGGGAGGGACAAUGCCUCUUCGUGCCGCCACCCGCCAAGCACAAGCCGGUGCAGAAUGUCAAGGGCCGGAUCAGGCAGUUGGAGGAGCUGGUGGUGGAUUUGAUGAAUCAGAAUCGUAACGCGGCGGGAGGGCGGCAGAGGAAUGGUGCGCAAGGUGGGGAGGGAGAGGGAGGUGCUCGGAAUGGUGCAGGCCCGUUCGAGCAGCCAACACCGCCUAGUGAUAGUGACACGAGCCCUCAAGGUCUGACCGGCUCGAGUACUGGGUCCCACCAGGCGCAAAGUACUAGCAGCGGCAAUGCGCAUACGCCUCCUCAAGACGAUGUAGAUGAAGCGACGACUCCAUUCGGACAAAUGCAUAUUGGUAAGGACGAGAUCUCGUAUGUAGGCGAAGCACAUUGGGGCGCCAUCUUAAGCAGUAUUUCCGAGCUCAAACGUGAUCUGGAUGAUGACGAGCAGGAAGAAGAGACUGGUCCGCAGCUCAACGAGAACCCACUUGCUAGAGGCGACAACAGUACUGGUGGCUGGCCAGGUACGAAUCCAUGGCACAGUGAAAACCAGGAUUCCGUCAGCUCAACGUCGGGUCUUGGAUUCAUGCUGGGUAACACUCCGUCCUUGACCAAACAACAAAUCAUUACUGCCGUGCCGGAGAAGCGCGUGGCGGAUCGCUUGCUGAGUUUGUGGUUUAACUCACCUGACCCUUUCAAGAGUAUCAUUCAUGCUCCUACGUUUCAGGACGAGUACAAACGAUUCUGGAAAGACCCCGUAAAGACACCUACUAUGUGGCUGAGUCUACUAUUCGCCAUCAUGAGCUUAUCAGCAAGUUUCGGUCUUCGAGACGUGGAUCCGAGCAGUGAGCAAGCGAACAAGAUACUAGAUCAGGUGAACAAGUAUCACUCGAUCAGUGCCUCUGCGGCAGUAUUAUCCGACUUCACGAAGCCAAAAGAGCAUACCAUCGAAGGCCUGAUCAUUUACUCAGCAGGCUUGAGAAGCAACAACGCCUUUGUAAAUGUCUGGCUGAUGGUAGGUCUGAUUGUUCGUCUGGCACUACGAAUGGGCUUCCAUCGAGACGCAAAACACUAUCCGAACAUCACGCCCUUCCACGGCGAAAUGCGACGACGAAUCUGGAGCACAAUCAGCAUGAUCGACGUGCUUAUCAGCUUCCAGCUAGGCCUCCCGAGCAUGGUCAAGACAAUCCAGUCUGAUACAGCUGCUCCACGGAACCUGCUGGACCGCGAUUUCAAUGUCAAUACCACUGUGCUGCCACCUAGCAGAGGUAUAGAAGAGUUGACACCUUCGAGCUAUGCACGCGCUAAGCUGGGUAUCACUCGAGUCUUCGCUAACGCCGCCGAGCUGAGCCAUGCGACGAUUCCACCUGCAUACGAGGAGAUGAUGGAGCUAGAUCGCCAGCUUGAAGUAGCGAAGGCAGCGAUACCACCACUUCUGCAGAUGCCAGAUAUUACUGAAGUCGUCACCGAUCCCGCCGAGCAACUGAUGUGCAGAUUUAAUCUGGACCUGUUGUAUCUGAAGACGAAGAUCGUGCUUCAUCGUCGUUACGUCGCCACUCCGUUGGCUCAGCUCAGUGAGGAGGAGCAGAAAGUCGGGAUCGGGCAUAGUCGCAAAACCGCCGCUGACUGUGCUCUGCGUGUCUUGCAACACCAUCAUACUAUCUACACCGCCUCGCAGCCUGGUGGACAACUUGAGAGUGUGAAGUGGUAUAUGGGCUCCAUCAGCACGCACGAUUUCCUGCUUGCCGCUAUGAUCAUUUGUCUCGAGUUGAGCCAGCAGAUUAAUGUUGAGAAGUUUGCUGAAAUCAAUCCGAGUGGCUAUCAAUGUCCGCUCAGGGGUAUCAUGAUGGACGCACUCGAGCGAAGUCAGAAGAUCUGGACUAAUGCUUCAAGCAAGAAUCGCACCGGGGCUACGCAAGGAGGCACUAAUGGUGCCAUGCCGGCCCAGUAUGCUCCGCCUGGCACCGCUGGCCUCCAAGGUAGUAACGCCAACGCUGAGAGGAGCGAACAUAUCUUCAACGAGACUGAGAAAGCGGCUCGAGCUAUUGGGGUCAUGAUUGCGAAAGUCCGAGCGCAAUUCCCGAUGUCCGUGCAGCAGCAGGCUGAGGGCACAAAGUAUGAGCCAACGAAAGGCCAGGUGACAAGCGCAAAGGAGUUCUGGAAGUCGGCCACGCUGGCACAGUACUUGAAGACGCCGGAAAGACAGGCGGAGAGUCCGUUCGCGGGGAUGGUCAGUACGUACAACUGGGACAUACCCGAGGAUUUCGACUUUUCUGCCGUUGUGCAACAGAGCGAUAGUGCUGACGCGAGUGUGCUGACGAGUUUGAUGCCUUCUGCUGCUCCGGGAUCGAUGAGAAAUCCGGCUGCUAAUCCUAUGUACUCCGCUAAUAACGACGCCAUUACAUCCUUGAACACUGAUCGUAGUGGGAGCUCCGAACAGGACGAAUUUAUGAUGGAUGCUGGAAUGGCGGACAUGGAUUUCUCGAUGAUUGGAGAUAUGCUUCAGUUCCCAGCAGCGUACGAGAAUGGUGGCAGUGAGGCCAACAUCGAUUGGGAGAUGUGGGAUGCGCAGAUCAAAGCAGGAUCGGGAGAGGUUGGGACGCAGGCUAUGUCGGGCAAUGCGUUGACGGGUGGUACGGGUAUUGUGGAGGGCUCACGUCUUCCGGAGACGUGGUCGGUCGAUGAUCAAGUCGCGAAUGGCGGCGCGGCAGCUGCAGCGACGACCACGACUACGACUGCGGCUGGUGCGAGUGAUGUCCGGACAACGGUGCCUCAUGGCCCGUCGACUGUUGCUUUUGGUCCAGUGCCCACGUAUUCUUGGUCGGUCGACGAAUCCUUCGAGCUACCCAAGCUUCCGCAGACCGGAUCGCCAACAAUGGAUUAUGAUGGCGCUGACCUUGCAGACGUCGAUCUCGGUCUUGACGGAUCAUUGCAGGAUUAUAAUCGAAAUGGAAUGUACCCGGCCACGCAAGCAGACUGGCAAGAUUGGUGGCGGCGGAAACGGACGGGUACGACGCCCAGUACCGGAUAA